AUGGUUCUGGAGGCCAUGAUCAUAUCCCCCAGUCUGACUCUGUGUCUAUGGUGUGAAGUCUGUGUCGAUGGUGUGAAGUCUGCGUCUAUGAGCUCUCGGUUCUUCCGGGUCCACCAGGUGCUCCCGGUGGCAGACUUCUCUCUCCGCGAGCCCUCCCAGCUGGUCCUGUCUCUGCCCUUCCUGCAGUUCCUCCACAGUCUGCCGCUGCAGUACAACUACCCUCUGUACCGGGACAUCUUCCAACGCUUUGGGACUCACUACCUCAGCUCAGGGACCGUGGGCGGACACUACGACCUCCUGUACCAGUACAGCCAGGAGACACUCGACGCAUCUGGGAUGUCAGAGGACACGUUCAGAGGGUGUGUGGGGCAGGAGACCUUCUUCACAGUCGUCCUCUACAGUCAGUACAGCAAGAGCGACCGCUGCAAGAACGAGGAGACCAGAGAGACCACCAGAGGCUCCUUCAUUGAGCGCUCAGAGAAGUCCUUCUCCAUGGUCCGUGGGGGUGAGGUCAGAGAGGCCGCCCGCCUCAGCAGAGACCUGGGGCAGGUCCCCCCAGACCAAGAGGCCUUCAGGGCCUGGGCGCGCUCUGUCCUGAAGCAGCUGGACCUGGUGGACUUCAAGCUCCGCCCCCUCACAGACCUGGUCCGUGGUCUCCCCUGUGCUAUCACUAAGCGGCGCCACCUGCAGAGGGCGCUGUUGCAGUACAUGCAGGAGGCGGACCCCUGCAGCUGCUCCCCGUGCCCCAACAACGGCCGCGCGCUCCUGCAGGGGACUGAGUGCGUGUGCGUGUGUCAGACCGGAACCUACGGGGCCAACUGCGAGAUCAGGGCCCCCGACUUCACCUCAGGCCCCACAUCCGCAUCAUCAUCUGGAACUCUCUCCUCCCUCACCUCUGGAACUCUCUCCCCCUUCACCUCUGGAACUCUCUCCCCCUUCACCUCUGGAACUCUCUCCUCCCUCACCUCUGGAACUCUCUCCCCCUUCACCUCUGGAACUCUCUCCUCCCUCACCUCUGGAACUCUCUCCUCCCUCACCUCUGGAACUCUCUCCUCCCUCACCUCUGGAACUCUCUCCCCCCUCACCUCUGGAACUCUCUCCUCCCUCACCUCUGGAACUCUCUCCCCCUUCACCUCUGGAACUCUCUCCCCCCUCACCUCUGGAACUCUCUCCCCCUUCACCUCUGGAACUCUCUCCCCCUUCACCUCUGGAACUCUCUCCUCCCUCACCUCUGGAACUCUCUCCUCCCUCACCUCUGGAACUCUCUCCUCCCUCACCUCUGGAACUCUCUCCCCCUUCACCUCUGGAACUCUCUCCCCCCUCACCUCUGGAAUUCUCUCCCCCUUCACCUCUGGAACUCUCUCCCCCUUCACCUCUGGAACUCUCUCCUCCCUCACCUCUGGAACUCUCUCCUCCCUCACCUCUGGAACUCUCUCCUCCCUCACCUCUGGAACUCUCUCCCCCUUCACCUCUGGAACUCUCUCCCCCUCACCUCUGGAACUCUCUCCUCCCUCACCUCUGGAACUCUCUCCCCCCUCACCUCUGGAACUCUCUCCUCCCUCACCUCUGGAACUCUCUCCUCCCUCACCUCUGGAACUCUCUCCCCCCUCACCUCUGGAACUCUCUCCUCCCUCACCUCUGGAACUCUCUCCCCCCUCACCUCUGGAACUCUCUCCCCCCUCACCUCUGGAACUCUCUCCCCCCUCACCUCUGGAACUCUCUCCCCCCUCACCUCUGGAACUCUCUCCUCCCCCACCUCUGGAACUCUCUCCUCCCUCACCUCUGGAACUCUCUCCCCCCUCACCUCUGGAACUCUCUCCUCCCUCACCUCUGGAACUCUCUCCUCCCUCACCUCUGGAACUCUCUCCUCCCUCACCUCUGGAACUCUCUCCCCCCUCACCUCUGGAACUCUCUCCCCCCUCACCUCUGGAACUCUCUCCCCCCUCACCUCUGGAACUCUCUCCCCCUCACCUCUGGAACUCUCUCCCCCCUCACCUCUGGAACUCUCUCCUCCCUCACCUCUGGAACUCUCUCCUCCCUCACCUCUGGAACUCUCUCCCCCCUCACCUCUGGAACUCUCUCCCCCCUCACCUCUGGAACUCUCUCCCCCCUCACCUCUGGAACUCUCUCCCCCUCACCUCUGGAACUCUCUCCUCCCUCACCUCUGGAACUCUCUCCUCCCUCACCUCUGGAACUCUCUCCCCCCUCACCUCUGGAACUCCGUCCUCCCUCACCUCUGGAACUCUCUCCCCCCUCACCUCUGGAACUCUCUCCCCCCUCACCUCUGGAACUCUCUCCCCCCUCACCUCUGGAACUCUCUCCCCCCUCACCUCUGGAACUCUCUCCCCCCUCACCUCUGGAACUCUCUCCCCCCUCACCUCUGGAACUCUCUCCCCCUCACCUCUGGAACUCUCUCCCCCCUCACCUCUGGAACUCUCUCCCCCCUCAUCUCUGGAACUCUCUCCCCCCUCACCUCUGGAACUCUCUCCCCCCUCACCUCUGGAACUCUCUCCCCCCUCAUCUCUGGAACUCUCUCCUCCCGCACCUCUGGAACUCUCUCCCCCCUCACCUCUGGAACUCUCUCCCCCCUCACCUCUGGAACUCUCUCCCCCCUCACCUCUGGAACUCUCUCCCCCCUCACCUCUGGAACUCUCUCCCCCUCACCUCUGGAACUCUCUCCCCCCUCACCUCUGGAACUCUCUCCCCCUCACCUCUGGAACUCUCUCCCCCCUCACCUCUGGAACUCUCUCCCCCCUCACCUCUGGAACUCUCUCCCCUCUCACCUCUGGAAAUCUCUCCCCUCUCACCUCUGGAACUCUCUCCUCCCUCACCUCAGGAACUCUCUCCCCACUCACCUCUGGAACUCUCUCCCCCCUCACCUCUGGAACUCUCUCCUCCCUCACCUCUGGAACUCUCUCCCCCCUCACCUCUGGAACUCUCUCCUCCCUCACCUCUGGAACUCUCUCCCCCCUCACCUCAGGAACUCUCUCCCCUCUCACCUCUGGAACUCUCUCCCCCCUCACCUCUGGAACUCUCUCCUCCCUCACCUCUGGAACUCUCUCCUCCCUCACCUCAGGAACUCUCUCCCCUCUCACCUCUGGAACUCUCUCCCUCCUCAUCUCUGGAACUCUCUCCUCCCGCACCUCUGGAACUCUCUCCCCCCUCACCUCUGGAACUCUCUCCCCCCUCACCUCUGGAACUCUCUCCCCUCUCACCUCUGGAACUCUCUCCCCCCUCACCUCUGGAACUCUCUCCCCCCUCACCUCUGGAACUCUCUCCUCCCUCACCUCUGGAACUCUCUCCUCCCUCACCUCUGGAACUCUCUCCCCCCUCACCUCUGGAACUCUCUCCCCCCUCACCUCUGGAACUCUCUCCCCCCUCACCUCUGGAACUCUCUCCUCCCUCACCUCUGGAACUCUCUCCUCCCUCACCUCUGGAACUCUCUCCCCCCUCACCUCUGGAACUCUCUCCUCCCUCACCUCUGGAACUCUCUCCCCCCUCACCUCUGGAACUCUCUCCCCCCUCACCUCUGGAACUCUCUCCUCCCUCACCUCUGGAACUCUCUCCCCCCUCACCUCUGGAACUCUCUCCCCCCUCACCUCUGGAACUCUCUUGCUGCAGCCUUCAAUCAUUUCAGAAAAAUACCUUUCUCUUGUACUACAUGCUGUGGACGGGGCCUGGAGCUGCUGGAGCUCUUGGGGCAGUUGCAGGUCUUCUCUGAGUCGCCACAGGACUCGUCGGUGUGAUAACCCGUCUCCUGCAAGAGGAGGCCACACCUGCCCUGGGGCAAGCCGCCAGGACGAGCCCUGCCUCAUCUCCCUCUUUCAACAACAGGAGACCUGUGAUAAUGAUGAUGACUUCACUGAUGGUUGGUUGGAUGAACUUCCUCCUGGGUUCAAAGGGUGUCUGCGACCGAAGAGACCGCAGAACGGGUACCUGCGGAAGUCCAAACAGUUCUAUGAGCCUGGAGAGGAUGAGGAGAUGGUCUGUAUCUCCGGGUUCCAGCUGCAGGGAUACCAGUUCUUCAGCUGUCGACCAGAUGGGACCUGGGGACCAUUACAGGGACUAUGUACCAGACAGACCUGUCUCCCCCCUGAGGUCCCCGAGGGGAUCGUUCUGUUCCCUGAUAAGCUUCAGUACAAAGUGGGGGAGUCUCUGGGCUUCAACUGUGCAGGACCCGGCCUCAGUCCUCGACCGCAGAGCUACCAUAAGUGUACCAUCGAUCUGACCUGGAACCCCGAGGUGCCCCUGGACCUGACCUGCUCCAAUGCUGAACACACUCACACCUCAGGACUCCUGCUGGUCUGGGACACUAAGACUGUCAAACAGCAGUUGUGUCUCUCUCUGGAGCCGGACCCUGUGGCCAUAAACUGUUCGUCCUUUAACCAUAACGGGAACCUGCUGGUGACGGGAGCCGCUGAUGGUGUCAUCCGCCUCUUUGACAUGCAGAGGUGUGACUGUCCCAUGAGUUGGAAAGCCCACGAUGGAGAAGUUUACAGUGUGGAGUUCAGCUACGACGAGAACACGGUCUUCAGCAUCGGAGAAGACGGGAAGUUCAUCCAGUGGAACAUCCAUCGCUGCGGCGUGCGGCAGUCGGAGCAGAUCCUGCAGCAGGAGGCGACCGGGCCCUUCGUCCUGUCGGGCUUCAGCGGCUACAAGCAGGUACCAGGCCCCAAACAGGUACCAGGCCCCAAACAGGUACCAGGCCCCAAACAGGUACCAGGCCCCAAACAGGUACCAGGCCCCAAACAGGUACCAGGCCCCAAACAGGUACCAGACCCCAAACAGGUACCAGACCCCAAACAGGUACCAGACCCUCAGGUACCAGGCCCUCAGGUACCAGGCCCUCAGGUACCAGGCCCUCAGGUACCAGGCCCUCAGGUACCAGGCCCCAAACAGGUACCAGACCCUCAGGUACCAGGCCCCAAACAGGUACCAGACCCCAAACAGGUACCAGGCCCCAAACAGGUACCAGGCCCCAAACAGGUACCAGGCCCCAAACAGGUACCAGGCCCCAAACAGGUACCAGGCCCUCAGGUACCAGGCCCUCAGGUACCAGGCCCUCAGGUACCAGACCCUCAGGUACCAGGCCCUCAGGUACCAGACCCUCAGGUACCAGGCCCUCAGGUACCAGGCCCUCAGGCAGGUACCAGGUCCUCAAGUACCCGGCCCUCAAACAGGUACCAGGCCCCAAACAGGUACCAGACCCCAAACAGGUACCAGACCCUCAGGUACCAGACCCUCAGGUACCAGGCCCUCAGGUACCAGGCCCUCAGGUACCAGGCCCUCAGGUACCAGGCCCCAAACAGGUACCAGGCCCCAAACAGGUACCAGGCCCCAAACAGGUACCAGACCCCAAACAGGUACCAGGCCCCAAACAGGUACCAGACCCUCAGGUACCAGGCCCCAAACAGGUACCAGACCCCAAACAGGUACCAGGCCCCAAAAAGGUACCAGACCCUCAGGUACCAGGCCCCAAACAGGUACCAGACCCCAAACAGGUACCAGACCCCAAACAGGUACCAGACCCCAAACAGGUACCAGGCCCUCAGGUACCAGGCCCUCAGGUACCAGGCCCCAAACAGGUACCAGGCCCCAAACAGGUACCAGGCCCCAAACAGGUACCAGGCCCCAAACAGGUACCAGGCCCUCAGGUACCAGGCCCUCAGGUACCAGGCCCUCAGGUACCAGGCCCUCAGGUACCAGGCCCUCAGGUACCAGGCCCUCAGGUACCAGGCCCUCAGGUACCAGGCCCUCAGGUACCAGACCCUCAGGUACCAGGCCCUCAGGUACCAGACCCUCAGGUACCAGGCCCUCAGACAGGUACCAGGCCCUCUAACAGGUACCAGGCCCUCAGGCAGGUACCAGGCCCUAAAACGGGUACCAGGCCCUAAAACGGGUACCAGGCCCUCAAACAGGUACCAGGCCCUCAAACAGGUACCAGGCCCUCAAAUGGGUAGCAGGCCCUCAAACAGGUACCAGGCUUUCAGGUACCAGGUCCUCAAGUACCCGGCCCUCAAACAGGUGCAGAGUCCUCGCGGGCGUCUGUUUGCCUUCGACUCAGAGGGUCACCACGUUCUGACCUGCUCCAGCUCCGGAGGCGUCAUUAACAGACUGUGUGGCGGCGAGGGGGGGGCCCUGGACGCUGUGCUGUCUCUGGGGGGGCACAGAGCUCCUGUGGUCACUGUGGACUGGAGCUCUGCUCUGGACUGUGGCACCUGCCUCACGGCCUCCAUGGACGGGAAGAUCCGAAAGACCUCCUGGCUCACAAGCCCUGACCUACUGUCCUCUGACCUACUGUCCUCUGUCCUACUGUCCUCUGUCCUGUCCUCUGACCUACUGUCCUCUGUCCUGUCCUCUGACCUACUGUCCUCUGUCCUGUCCUCUGACCUACUGUCCUCUGUCCUACUGUCCUCUGUCCUGUCCUCUGACCUACUGUCCUCUGUCCUGUCCUCUGACCUACUGUCCUCUGACCUACUGUCCUCUGACCUACUGUCCUCUGACCUACUGUCCUCUGUCCUACUGUCCUCUGUCCUGUCCUCUGUCCUACUGUCCUCUGACCUACUGUCCUCUGUCCUACUGUCCUCUGUCCUGUCCUCUGUCCUACUGUCCUCUGACCUACUGUCCUCUGUCCUGUCCUCUGACCUACUGUCCUCUGACCUACUGUCCUCUGACCUACUGUCCGCUGACCUUCUGUCCUACUGUCCUCUGUCCUGUCCUCUGACCUACUGUCCUCUGUCCUACUGUCCUCUGUCCUGUCCUCUGACCUACUGUCCUCUGUCCUACUGUCCUCUGUCCUGUCCUCUGACCUACUGUCCUCUGUCCUACUGUCCUCUGACCUACUGUCCUCUGUCCUACUGUCCUCUGUCCUGUCCUCUGUCCUACUGUCCUCUGACCUACUGUCCUCUGUCCUACUGUCCUCUGUCCUGUCCUCUGUCCUACUGUCCUCUGACCUACUGUCCUCUGUCCUGUCCUCUGACCUACUGUCCGCUGACCUUCUGUCCUACUUCCUCUGACCUUCUGUCCUCUGACCUACUGUCCACUGACCUACUGUCCUACUGUCCUCUGACCUACUGUCCGCUGACCUACUGUCCGCUGACCUACUGUCCUCUGUUCUACUGUCCUCUGUCCUGUCCUCUGACCUACUGUCUUCUGUCCUACUGUCUUCUGUCCUGUCCUCUGACCUUCUGUCCUGUCCUCUGA